AUGACGGCAGCAGAUGGUGUAGAAACGCCAGCAGCAGCAGCAGCAGCAGCUGCUGCUGCUGCAGCAAAGCCCGCCGCGUCUGCUGCUGAGUCAGCGACACCCUCAACAGAAGCAGCAGCAGCAGCAGCAGCAGCAGCACCAAAGCCCGUAGCGAACGUCAGCAAAAGCGGCAGCAGCAGCAGCAGCAGCAGCAGCAGCAGCCCGAGCAGCAGCAGCAAAGGACCGGACAGCAGCAGCGGAGGCAGUAACAGCGGCAGCAUCAACAAAGGCGGUAACAGCAGCAGCAGCAGCAGCGGCAGCAGCAGCAGCCCCAGCAGCAGCAGCAAAGGACCGGGCAGCAGCAGCGGCAGCAGCAGCAGCAGCAGCCCCAGCAGCAGCAGCAAAGGCCCGGGCAGCAGCAGCGGAGGCAACAACAGCGGCAGCAAAGGCACAUACAGCGGCACUGCUGGCAGCAGCAGCAACACCACCCCCAGCACCGAGAGCAGCAGCAGCAGCAGCAGCAGCAGCAGCUCCGCAGGUAGCACCAGCAGCACCAAGAUCACAGACAGCAGCAGCAGCAGCAGCAGCAGCAGGCCGGGUGAAGCAGCCCGUGUACAGGGGCCCCCCAAACGCGAACCCCUAAACGCCCUGGGGGGGCCCCCCAAGCGGCUGCAGACAGAAAUUCGUGCUGCUUCUGUUCGUCCUGAUUACAGCAGCAGCAGCAGCAGCAGCAACAGCAGCAGCAGCAGCAGCAGCAGCAGCAGAGAUGGGUAUAGAGAGAGACACGGUGAUACGGGUCAGAGGUAUGGAGGCAACAGAGACAGAGACGGCCCUAGAUAUAGAGAUAUAGGCAGCAGCAGCAGCAGCAGCAGCAGCAGCAGCAGCAGCAGGGAUUAUGGUGGGUGGAACAACAGAGGCCACCCGGAAAGUAUGAGAUACAGCAGCAGCAACAGCAGCAACAGCAGCAGCAACAACAGCAGCAGCAGCAGCAACAGCAGCAGCAGCAGGAGCGAUGCUGCACCCAAACCUAAGCCGCCGACCGAGGCAUCUACCACUCCUUCCUCUGGCAGCAGCAGCAGCAGCAGCAGCAGCAACAGCAGCAGCAGUAACAGCGGCAACACGAAGAGCAGCAUCAGCAAUAACAGCAGCAACAACAGCAGCAGCAGCAGCGGCAGCAGCAACAGCAGCAGCAGCAACAGCAGCAGCAGCUCCACUGCUGCUGACAAGAAUGCCGCUGGUGCGAAAACUGUUGGCAGCAAAGGCGCCUACAGCAGCAGCAGCAGCAGCAGCAGCAACAGCAUCGGCAGCAGCAACACCGGCAGCAGCAGCAGCAGCAGCAGCAGCAGCAGCAGCAGCAGCAGCAGCAAGCCGGGUAAGCUGUCAUCUUUUUUGCUGCUGGCAGACCAGCAGCAGCAGCGAGAGGUUUACUCUCUUGAGGAGAUAGAGAGAAAGAGAAGAGAAGCAGAAGAACCAAAGAGAAUAGCGUUUGUGUCUAAGAAGGAGAGAGAGGCGCGGCAGCUGCGGCAGCAGCAAGAAGAAGCAGAACUAGCAAAAAAAAAAGAAAGAGAAAUGUUAAACAAACGGAGACUCUUUCUACAGAGAGAAGAGUUGGAGCGGGAAAAGGAACGGCGGGAGAGACAAAAGAAGAGAGAGAUGGAGAGAAUCAAAGAGGAACAAGAAAGAAAGCUGCGGGAGGAGCAGCUGCGGCAGCAGCGGGAGCAGGAGAAGCAAUCGCAGAAGCCGAAGGAGGCGAGCCUCCUGGCGGACCUGAAGCUGCUGAACCUGCCUGAGCAAGAACUCCGUGCAAAACAACAGGCAAGGGAGAAGGAGCUGGAGCAGAUCCGCAUGCAUUACCUCGGCAUGAAAAAGGAGAAGAAAAAAAUACAAAAACCCUCGGAAAAAUUCAGGGGCUGCCGCACUGGGGUGUCUUCAUUCCUUGUUGCUUUCGCAUGA